CGGGCGGGGGCGGGGCCCGAAUGCGCGCGCGGCGGCGGCGACUCCCUCCCGCCGUUCGCCAGCCGGGCUCCGGUGCUCGCCGGGGAGAGGCGGCGUUGGCGGAGCGGGUGGCGUCCAUCGGCAGCCGCGGCAGUGACAGUGUGCGUUCUGGAUGAUGGUAGUGCCUGGAAAUGCCCCAGUCAUACAGCAGGAUCAUGCUCUGGAGCCCGACUUAGGACGAGACUCAACGGAGAGCUCUGCCAUGGGCCCUGAGACGGAGCCGGCAUCCCAGGAGGUUGGCCCGGAGCUGGAGGAGGUGCGGAAGCUGCGGGAGCUGGUGAGGAGACUGGAGAUCCAGAACCAGCACCCAAGAACGAAGAGUAGCAGGAGCGUGCUUGGGACAAACGUGCAGAGUGAGCUCCGUCCCGGCGUGGAUAACCAUGACUCUGGUCUUAAUGGGAUGGAAAUUAAUAAUAGCAUCAAUGCCAUAACUGAGAAGCGAGAAUUGCAAAUAAUGGCAGAUCUGCACAACCAAUUAAGCAAAAUAAGAAAAGAGGAAGGAGAGAACAACUGCCUAAAAAAAGACAGAGAUGCCCAAAUGCAAUAUAGUUGCAACAGUGCCACUGAGGAAUUGUCUUCCAGCACGUGUAAGGUGGAAACGAAGGCUGAGGAUAACGUUAGAUGUUCUUCACGUAUGGAUACAAGCAAUAGCACGGAGCUUAUGGGAAACUUGGUUAUUGCAGGUAGCGAUCCCUCAGUCAAAAUAAACAAACAAAAUCCCAAUGCAAAAUUUGGAGAUCUAGAAAGUCUUUCAAACAACACCGAUCUGGAUGAAGUGAAAGUGUUGGAACUUGAAAAUUGCAACGAAGAAGAAAAUAGCUGGCUCUAUGUGUCCCCAAGAAAAUCUACUGCCGAUCAGAAAACAGACUCGCCUUUAAAAUGGUGCCGCCAGGUGUUGGGUAAUCCCAGUCCCGAGACAGAAGCAGCCUGCCGGACUCUUCUGAACAGACUUGAUCAAGCCAGUAGAUGGAAAAACCUGUAUUGCAGUCCAUUGGCCUCACCAAGCGCACAUAAUUUGAAUACAGAGACAGGCUCCUGUAGCAAUGCACUAAACUCUCCCGGGCAUCUCAAAUCGACUAACAAAGCACUACUAACCUGUGGCAGCUCAGGUUAUUUGAGCAUGCAUUCUGCGCUGAGCUCUCAAUCGUCGGUGGACAGCGAGCUGAGUACCUCUGAUGACUCCAUCUCCAUGGGAUAUAAACUGCAGGACUUGACGGAUGUCCAGGUGAUGGCACGCCUUCAGGAAGAAAGCCUCCGUCAGGACUGUGCCUCUAGCUCUGCUUCGGUGUCACGUCGCAGUUCCAGUGCCUCCCUUCACUCUCUGCGAAGAGGUACCUACAGCGACCAGGAGUUCGACACAUACAGCCUUGAGGAUGAGGAUGAUUAUGACUGUUCCCUGUCGUACCGCAGCACUCACAGAUACUCACCAUCCCCACUCAGUUCCCCCCGAUGUCAGUCCCCUUCUUCCACUGCAGACUAUGGCAGGUCAUCAACUACCCGCAUCCGUCCCCCAAGGAGAUCUGUGCAAAGCCCGAUGCAAGACCGGCUCAAGUAUGCGAAUAGCGAAGAGGAGAUGCGCCACAGCAUGCCCAACCUGGCCAGGACGAGCCUUCGAGCUUUGGAGUCUGUACGGAGCAGUCGGAGCUUGGAGUCAGAUCUGCAGGUGCCGAGCAGUCGAAUUCCAAGGACUCAGCAACGGUCAGGAGGUCUGGCUCCCAGUAAGCUCAGGUAUUCCUCCGGUGCUGGGCAAUCUCCCUUAACCGUGCGGCAACCGCUGAAAGCAGGGUCAUGCACAAACUCUCUGUUAACACCCAGGCAGCCGGUCAAAGCCUGCAGUUACACAAGUCCUGUUAGCGGAGUUCGAAAACCACAGGCAUCUUCACUUAGUACAGGCUCUUCCAGCAGCAGUUGCACUACCAGAAGCAGUAACAUGGUCACCGUCGCAAAAAAUUCACCAAUUAAAGCGCGCACAUCUCUUGGAGGAAUCUCGGUGCCCAAGAGCAAACCGACGCUACCAUCCAAGAGAUUUCCCCAGUCGGCACAGACAGCUCAGGCUGCCGAGGAUGAUUCCUGGAAGGAUGGGUGUUACUGACAACCCAAACCGCUGCCACCCAACUCUGAAGCAGACCCCCAGCUGGCUGGGCGGUACUUAAAACUGGAGCUCCAGAGCCCCACCACACUGCAGACUGGUGUAUAUAAUAGUUCCUCUCCUUCAACGCAAAGUGUCCUCACCUUCUGCUCUUCUACGACAGCCUGACCUCUUCAUGGUGGAACAGACAACUGCUUUACUGGGUUUCUACUCUUCAAAAUGUUACUGAAAUGAGACUUCAUAUGAAGACCGAAAAUAGCCUUAUUUCCUAUAAACCUCUACUUGCAGCCCUUUGGAACACACAAAACCUUAUGUGACCUGCUCCUGAGGACGCUUGCGUAAAAAGGCUGCUGUUGUCCUGUUGUGCCCAAGGGCAGCUUCGUGCUGUUGCUGUGGUGGGUUGCACAGCAGGGGCUGGGGGAGACUAGAAAUAGUUCCAUAGAUGGUAGAAGUAAGACUUUUUAAAUUCAACCUGACCUACUCUAAUAUUUGUCUGAAACUCAGCUGUUUGUUUGGUUUUUUUUUUACUUCUGUAUAGAAUGGAUUUCUGCUACUUUUUAUUGUUUGUUCUAGAAGAGGAAGCAGGUUUUUAUAACUGUCAUACACUUCAAGCUGUUGUAUUCAAGCGUGUGCAUCACGGUUCACCAGUGAAGGAGCGGUACACAAUAUUUGUGUGGGUUUGUGAACAGGCAGUCGCAGGGACAGGGGAUGCUACUGAAAAACUGCUGUUUAUCAGCGUCUUCAUAUCUCAGAUGAGGAAGUUAACAAACACCAGUUAAAAGUAAACUUUUAAAAAAUAACCCUCCCUGACUGAUUUGACUUGAAGUGUUUCCCUUGGAUCUCUUUCAGGUAGCCCCUAACUGCCCUCACUUUUGUAGUUUUCUAUUGCCUCUUUGGCUACAGAGGAUUCUGUUUCAGUGUCCUUUUCCUCAGCAAGUGCUGGAUGCUACAAAGACACUCCUUAGUACAGAAAACAUGCACUGAUAGCAAUGUUCUCCCUGCCAUCAAUGUGAUUUUGAUAGUGUAGUUUAAUAAAAUGUUCUGGUGCUGAAAUACAUCUGCUUUAUUCAAACAGCGAGCCUGGCUCAUGAGUGGUUUUGUGCUGGGAAUGAGGCUUUUCAGGAUCUGCCUCUGCACUUCAGCUCUUAAACCCUGCGCAGGUAAACCGGUCUCCAGAGGAAGUCUGUUAUGAUACAAGUAUUGGUAUUUACCUUUAGUGUCCUUGAAUUUCGUAAGAAGGAUAAGCAUUAACUUAAUUCACAGCACUUGGUUCACAUCUCCUCUAGGAGAACAUCCAUGAGUGGCCCAAGCAGAACAAAAUAUGGGAAACACCACUUGCAAAUAGGAAGCCCUGCAGGAUGCUUCACAGCAGAGAUCACUUUUUGCAUCAAGUUUGCUUUAGAAAGAAAAAAAGAGGAAGAGCCAGUUGCUAUCAAAGUGCUGUCUGAGAGAAGCUCACACAUGUGUUCCCGUUUCACCUGGAAGAUGCUGCCCAUACAGAUGUGACUCUGACUCUUCUCAGCCCCUGGUGCAGAAGCCCUCCCAGGAUAGCCUAGACAAACCAAGGCUGGGUUUGUCACCUCCAGAGCU